AUGGGUGGAAAAGACUCGAAACUUGCUGUUAUAUCGUUUGACGACGCCGUUAAACGCGUGUCAGAAAAUGAAGGGAAAAGGCUGAAAGAAGCGUUUAAAAGAGCCUCAACAUUAAAUGGGUGGAUGACAGAAACAUUGUUUGUAAGAGAGGUAUUGUGGGAUGGGGUACCUGCAAAAAUGGCUCAGUUAAUAUUUAAAGGGUUUGGUGGAUCUAGUAAAGGAUUAAGUUUUAAAGAUUUACUCUGUGGUCUUGUUGUUUUAACACGGGGAACUAGAGAAGAAAAAAUGAAAUUAAUAUUUGGUGUGUAUGCUGAUGAUAGUUUUAGUUUUGUUCAGAAAGAUGAGACUGAUAAAAGAAUAUUAGAAACUGAAGGCCAAAUAUCGACUGCUGUUUCAGACCUAUUUAGAGAGAGUGACCAAGUAAAUUAUGAUCAGUUCUGUUCCUGGUUGAGGAAUCAUCCUGAUGCCACAGUGAUUACAAAAUGGUUAUUGAUGGAACCAAGUGCAAUAUCUUUAUCAAACGACAUGGAUACUCCCACAUUUUAUCAGACUUUAGCAGGUGUCACUCAUUUGGAAGAAACAGAUAUAAGUGAACUAGAGAAAAGAUACUGGACACUCAAGGCACAAUCUAGAUCAGGACGAUUUGACCUUGAAACUUUUCGUAGUUUUGUGAUACCCCCUUUGCCGGAAAAAAUUUGUGAAGGAUUAUUUUUGGCGUUUGAUGAAAAUCGUGAUAAUCAUAUUGAUUUUAAAGAAAUGGCUUGUGGGAUAUCGGCUUGUUGUCGAGGUCCAUCAACUGAGAGGCAAAAAUUUUGUUUUAAAGUAUUUGAUAUGGAUCAUGAUGGUAAAUUAAAUAAAGAUGAUGUACAUCAAAUGUUACAAGCUCUAGAAGUUAUUCGUAAAGAAUAUAAAUCUCCUGCUGCUUUAGAAGCAGAAGAUUUACCGUCACUGGAUCCUGAAACUGUUUCUAGAGAAAUCAUGUCUUGUCAUGACAAUGAUAAGGAUGGGUAUAUCACUAUGGAAGAGUAUCUAGUAUGGAGUGUUAACAAUACUUUAACUGAUGAUUUUCUAGCAUUGUUGAGUCAAAUCUGCCAUAUUGUAUUAGGAUUAAAACCACAAACUAAGGAAGAAGAGGGAAAGAUUAUACAGAGUUGGUUGGAAAGAGAAUCUAGAAAACCAUUAAAAAUCGGUCAAAUUUGGUAUUUAAUUAGUAUGCAAUGGUGGACAACUUGGUUGGAAUAUGUCAAUAGUGAUACAUUAAAUGAAAAUCAUUGUGCUGAAGGAAACAUGACCCCAAGACACAAAAUAAUUAAAGGUCGGGGGUCAGGUGGAGCCUUGGCGUGGGAAGAUGAUUCUGUGAUUAUGAUAAAUGCAUCCAAAAUGUCUGGCUCUGGUGAUCGUGAGGUUCCAUUAGUUAAUAGUGUAUCUGCUCUCACUGCUAGUAAUUCCAGUCCUCAUUAUAACAGCUUACCUAGGAUGAAUUCAGCCAAUAGAAGUCCUCGUAAAAAUAGUCUAAAUCCAUUGGAUAGUACAACAUUAAAUCGAAGUCCAAGCCCCUCACCAAAAACAAGAAGAAAGAACAUGACGUCUUUUGGACCCCCACAAAAACCUACUGCUAUUGAUAACAAUUCUCUCAUUGUCAAUGCCACUCAUAAGGUAAUGACAUUAACAAAUGAGGGAGGUCGUUUAAAAAGAGAUGUGAUGUUGGUACGUGGUAAAGAUUUUGAGCUGGUACCAGAAUCAAUCUGGAGAGCUUUAUCUAGCUGGUAUGGUGGAUCCCCAGCUUUACCUAGAACUGUGAUAACAAGUGGAACUGAUUCACAAACUGAAUUAGAACUAUAUCCUAUCUGUGUUAGAUUAAUCAGACAUCAAAUACAAAAUCAACGUGCUCCCCCACCCACAACAUUUACUGGUAUGAUGGCUGGUAUAGGCGGUAUGGCAUGGAAUUUUGCAGCAAAUCCAAGUGCUCCCCGACGGUAUUUAGCCUAUACUGCAGCCUUCAGUCGGAAACAUACACUUUUACAAAUAUAUGACUUCUUAUGUACAAAAUUACGCUUUAAUAGAGAAGAUAUACGACUGUGGAAAAUCAGCUCUAAGGAUGAGCAAAAUUUAGCACUAUUAGAAGAUGAGAAUAUGACAGUUGAAGAGGCUUUAAUAGAAGAAAAUCAACAACUAUUAAUAGAAGUGCGAAAUAAAGAUUUAACAUGGCCAGAGGAAAUGUCACAACUUGCUAAAAAUAGAUCUCUUAAAAAAGACGAUGUUCCGACAGAAAGAGGAGCUACAGGGUUAAAUAAUUUAGGAAAUACGUGUUUUAUGAAUGCUGCUGUACAGUGUGUAUCUAAUACCUGGCCUUUAACACAAUACUUUAAUACAGCUUUACAUUUAUUUGAAUUAAACAGAAAUAAUCCUAUUGGUAUGAAGGGUCAUAUUGCUCAGAGAUAUGGUGAUUUAGUGAAAGAUAUCUGGAGUGGAACAUCUCGUACUAUAGCUCCUUUAAAACUCAGGUGGACGAUAGGGAAAUAUGCACCCCGAUUCAAUGGCUUUCAACAACAUGACUCACAGGAAUUACUUAGUUUUCUUUUAGAUGGUUUACAUGAAGACUUGAAUAGAGUACAUAAUAAACCAUAUGUAGAGUUAAAAGAUAGUGAUGGUAGACCAGAUGCUGUUGUUGCUCGAGAGGCUUGGGAAAAUCAUGUAUUACGUAACCAAUCCAUAAUAGUGGAUUUAUUCCAUGGCCAGUUGAAAUCACAGGUUCGAUGUCAAGAAUGUAGUCAUAUUAGUGUGAGAUUUGAUCCAUUUACAACCCUCUCUCUACCUCUACCCAUGGACUCGUGUAUACAUUGUGAAAUCAUUGUUUACACAAUAGAUGGUGCAGUACCUGUUAAAUAUGGUUUAAGAUUAAACAUGGAUGAGAAAUAUAAAACAUUAAAAAAGGAACUAAGUGAAUUAACCAAUAUUCCUGCUGAAUGUUUAUUAUUAGUGGAAAUAAUGGGACCUAUUGUAAAGGAUAUCACAGAGUUGAUUUCAUCUCUCUCUCUCGUGUGUCAGCAAGCACGUAAAAUCAUAUCAUUAAUAUAA